CCCCACCCCAUCCCAGCCAGCCGUCAAAGCACGACACGUCCAGGUCCAAGCAAAGCAUCCCCAGCCCAGCCGAGACCGCGUGCGCUCCACGCAGCAUCUGCCGCAGCAGCCGCCCAGAGAAGUCGCCGCCGGAGAAGGGGGAGGAUGUCGUGGCAGACGUACGUCGACGACCACCUGUGCUGCGAGAUCGACGGCCAGCACCUCACCUCCGCCGCCAUCCUCGGCCACGACGGCAGCGUCUGGGCCGAGUCCCCCAACUUCCCCAAGUUCAAGCCUGAGGAGAUUGCUGGCAUCGUUAAAGACUUUGAAGAACCUGGACACCUUGCACCAACUGGUCUUUUCCUUGGAGGCACAAAGUACAUGGUCAUCCAAGGUGAACCUGGGGUUGUCAUCCGAGGAAAGAAGGGCACCGGUGGCAUUACUAUCAAGAAGACCGGCAUGGCCCUGAUUCUUGGUAUCUACGAUGAGCCCAUGACUCCUGGCCAGUGCAAUUUGGUCGUGGAGAGGCUCGGCGACUACCUGGUCGAGCAGGGUUUCUAAGCCCGCCCUGAUAUGCUGUUAUUUUGGUCGUCUGGGACUAAGUUUGCUCUACUGUGGGCUUUGCAUCCAUCUGCUUGGCGUACCGCAUGAUAUAUGCAGUGAAUAAUUUUAGCUUGGGGUUUGUCGGUUGGUGAUGUGUCGAAGGGGAAAAAUGGAUUUACUAUGUUUUCUUUUUAAUGUUUGGCAUCGCGUCGUAUCAAACUCAGCCGCUCUUUCGCUGAGUAAUGUACAUUUGCCUGGUCAUGGUAACUUGUGGGUUCUGCUGCUGCUUUAUUGAAAGAUGAUUGCAAUUUUAGUGA